AUGACAUCCCGCGAAAUCACUGGCAACUACACAUACGAGUACUCCAACGACGCAAUCUGGGAGUCCAAGCAACUCCAGGACACCCACCGCGUAAAAGAUUACAGCAUCGGGUACGCGACCUCCCCCCCUCUCCCCCUCCCCUUCAUCCCCACAAACCCCCAGCUUACACUCCCAACCACUAGCAUCCUCGCUUCCUCCUUCAGCAACAGCAGCCUCGAACCCAAAUCCGACUUCAUCCCCACCCCCUCCAUCGCCCAGGCCAACGCCGAACUCAUCCUCUUCUUCCUCUCCGCCAACUCCAUCAUCUUCGCGGAAAACACGACAGACGAAUGGUACCGCGCCACCCACGUCGCCGGCCGCAAGUACCUCAACGCCAACCCCAACGCCACCGUCCCCGUCUACGCUCAGGACGAACCCGCCUCCCCGCUCGCCUGCGUCCAGCAGGAGCAGCUGUGCUUCCCGAGCUUACCUGCGGACCAGCGCUGCACGCCGCUCGCGGCGCGGAACGCUGUGUACGAGAGUGCGGGAGCGCUCUUGCUCGGGGAUGGUAGCAGCAGCACGUCGGCGGCGAAGGCGGAGGCGGCAGACCGCCUGCAAUGGGUCAUCGCGACGGCGUUCACGGCGCUGCAGCUGGAGUCAAUCGUGCACACGCUCGGCACCCGCUCGCUGCUGUCGCGGUUCAGCCUGUAUUCGAACGUCCAGGCGCCGCUGCCGGACGACCAGUGGCAGCGCGAGGUCGAGCUGUGGCACGACACCGUCCUCGCGUUCAUGCAGGAGAGCUUCGUCGCGGCGGCAAGGGGGCAGUCGGAUGAUCCGAGGAUGGAUAAGCUGUUUAUGGAGCCGGAUAGCGCGGAGGCGAAGAGUAUCUGCAGGAAUCAGAAAAUCCGCAGCACAGCCUACGUCUCCUUCUCCCUCCUCGGCCUCGCCCUCAUCCUCGCCCUCGGCGCGCUCAUCAUCGUCGUCGCCGCGACACUCGAGCCGCUCGUCGGCUGUGUUCAGCGGCGGUGGGGGAAAGCAAGGGGUCAAUACGCCCGCCUCGAAUGGACCGCCACCGAGACGCUGCAGCUGCAGCGGCUGGCGCACGAAGAGCUCGGCUUCGGCGGUGCUUGGACGGGCGCGGCGGAGACGGUGCCCGUCACGGCUCCGGGGGAGCUGUUGGCGAUGCUGGAUGUGAGGGACUUGGAGCAUCCGAGAUUGCUGGGGAAGGAGGGGGCGGGGCUUUGUGAGGAGUCUGAGAAGGUGGGGGAUCAGCAGGGAGGUGGGGAGGUGGUGAGCGGGGCGAAGCAGGGGGUUGAUGGUGAGGCGGAAUUGCGGGUUACCGUGCAGCAUACGCAGGGCUCCUCGUUUUCGGGGGGGUCUGAGGAGACGUUGGGGAGGGAUGAGAGUGUUUCGCCGACUGAAGUCGUGACGAGAGAGGCGUAG